AUGACUGUGGGAAUUGAAAAUUGUGUGACCAAUGAAACUACAGACAAAACCAGUGAUAAUCACCACAAACCACAACACUUAACGAUAGCUCCUGUAUUCAAAGUGAUCACAGAUUAUAAUGGUUUGAAUGACUUGGAGUCCAACCGUAUAUCCGAACUCCUGAUGGCUUGCAAUGUAUUUCACUAUCCGUUGAGUAAAAACAUAAUUGAAGUAAAGGACAGACUAAAUACUUUAAUGGAUUUAGGGCUAUAUGCGACCAUGAUCAACUCGAACUCGCAAAGUACGGAUGAUAAUGACAAAUCAUUAAGUGCGAUCGCAUUGUUUAAUCCCAAUCGACCCAACCUAAGGCAUAGACAAUCAAUUAAGUAA